GCAGUGUGCGUGUAUGUGUGCGUGUGGGCGAGGGGGGUUAACACAUGUGUGGUUUCUACCGUAUUUUGCUAGAGGAGCAUCGAUGCCACAUCGGCUCGCCAGGGGGAGAGGCAUGUCUAUCCCGGCCCGGUCUAUCCUUUCGCCAACCCCAUUCGCUCUGUUCUAUCUUGAGCUUCGCAGAAAGGCGCUGUGCCAGGCCCUCGGGUUCGAUGGCUUUUCCCGGCUUGAGUCACUUUAUCUGUAGAGUCGACCCGAUUUUCACUAAAUUUAACUCCCUUGAGUCCUCUCGAGUUCUUCUUCAUCCCAUCCUAGCCCUCCCGCUGAUCGAUCAGUCCGCACAUGCGAUGACACGCAGAACCAAGCAAACAUGGAUAGUUCCUCAGACUGCACCCCGGGCCGCUGCCUGCACCUCUUCUUCACCAGCGAGUCCUCUCUCGCCAGCAACGUCGUCUUCCUCGCCCUCUUCGCCCUCCUCAUCCCCGUCACGCUAGGUCUCGGCGUGAAGUACCGGGGCUCAAUCUUCGCGACCGCCGUCGCCACGGGGCUCGCCCUUGAGGUGCUCGGCUACGUCGGCCGCGUGAUACUACUACCACACCACGACUUCCACCCCUCGGCGAGCGCGUUUGCCCUCUUCCUCACCGGCACGACGACGGCGCCGACCCUCAUCUGUGGCGCUGUGUUCCUCGCCGCGACGCGCGUUGUCGUCGUUUAUGGCGAAGAGUUUCGCACCUGGAGACCCGUCUGGUACCAGCUCUUCUUCUACGGCCUGAUUACCGCCGCGUUCGUGCUCGAGGUCGCUGGCAGUGUCUUGUCUGCUGUCGGAGAGAGCGCCGAACAGGUCGAUACAGGCGCUCAUGUCCUCAUUGCGGGACUCGUCAUCCAACUCGUCGCCUUGGUUAUUUUCGUUGGCCACGGGACGUUAUUCGCGAUUUCGGUGCUCUUGAAACGUCAUUCUCUCGACCCCAAAUUUGCGGGUAUAUACACUGGAGCUUCAUUCAAAGCUUUGUUGUCUGCCCUAUCGUUCGCGAUCUUGCUCCUUGUGAUUCGGACAGCCUAUCGCAUUAUCGCUGUAGCCGAGGGAUAUAGCAGUUCGGUUGCGCGGUCCGAGACGCUAUUCCUGAUUCUCGACGGACUGAUGGUUCUCCUGGCCAUCCUGGCCCUGCUCGCUUUCUUCCCAGGCCGCGUCCUAGGCGAGCUGGCGUUGGCAGCGCCGGCGCAGAGGCUCCCUGAAUUCCCUUUACGGCAUGCACACCCACUGCCUCCUUACGAUCUGCCUCCGGUCCGCUAUAGCCCAACCCACCACCAGGUAGCCAUCGGAUCCCUGACCACCAUCCCUUUCCAGCCAAAGCAACAUUCCGAAGCCUCCCAACCAGGGACUAGCUUAGUGGAUAGGGAUACUUUGUGGUGAGCAAAGACACUCCGCGGUUAUAAGGGAUAUAAAACGGCGAGCGAGCGGUUUAGAAGAAGGUAGACCUACGUCGUGGGCCAUUGAAUACGACUGAUGCGGUACGGUCUGAGCGGUUGGAGCGAUGCUAUUUGAAAAGUAUUUAAGCGGCAUAUUUGAUAUCAUGGACGGCGCUCACUCUC